AUGGAACUACAUCACACACUACUCCGUUUAAAUCACCAGGACAUCUCGCCUUUGUAUCCUUUUCUAACAUUAUUGUGUCUCUGGUUUCUUUUCUUCUGCUGGAAGUCAAAGAGUGACCAGUCUUAUUCGAAUGAAGCCAAAACUGUGCCGUAUCGGAACCCUUUUUUCAAAAGCACAAUCGGAUUUGCAUUCUAUGGACCUUCUUUCUUCUUAAGACUGAAGCUUUUCCAAAGAUACUCUGGUGCCCUCCGUGUGAGAUUAGUUACUGAAGAUAUCUACAUUGUCCAUGGACCAAAAUAUGUCACAGAGAUAUUCCAAAAUCCGAACUUGAGUGUCACCAAAGCAUAUGCAUAUGCUCUACAGUAUUGUUUCGGCAUGCACCCGAAGGCCGCAGCAGCUUACCACAACGAUACUUCCGGAUCACGCACAAAGCCAAUUAUGGGAAGCUACGUUAAGCCAACGGGUAGAAUUGGGUAUUCCACGCAUGAAAAUCUCGUUGAUUGCCUUCUUAAGUCUGGUUUGGAACCUACAACGACACAAUUUGAGACUGCGCUAUUCCAAUACCUGCAACUUUGUAAUUUGAACGAAGAAUGGGUAUACUAUGACGAUAUCGCGAAAUUCUUCGAAAAUUUACUGGGACAAGCAAUUUUGAAAGCUCUCUUUGGACCGCUUCUCCUUGAGGCUAACGAGCAUUUCGUUGAGGACCUCUUUGAAUACGACAAAGUUGUGAUGAAUCUGGCUAGACGGGUCCCUUGGUUCAUUAAUCCCAAGCCAUAUAGACUGAGAAAAAAGAUUGUCGAAUCAAUUAAGAGAUGGCAUUCCGCCGCAAAACUGGUUUCGGAUUCAGUCACAGCGUCCGCAAGCGACGCGGAUUCAGCAUGGGGUAGCUCCAUUAUGAAAGAUCGGCACGAAAUGUUAAUGAAUUCAGAGGGUCAAGACGAAGACUCAGUGGCAUCCACCGAUUUUGGUCUAAUAUGGGCCUCCGUCACCAAUGUUGUCCCUUCGACUCUGACUAUGGCAGUGCAUACUUUCAGUGACCCGCAGAUCUUGCUCGAGGUCAGGAAAGCACUGGAAGAACAAUCUUGUCACGCCACCUCCCUCAAUAUGGACUAUCUGGAAAAGAUUCCCAUCCUCUUAUCACUUUACGCCGAGACCCUGCGAUUCGGAGUCCAAAUUCACAUCCCACGAGACGCACCACACCAUGAUGUACAAGUUGGAAAUACAACCUUGCCGCAAACCAGCAUCAUAUUCCUGAAUACUUGGCUUGCUCACUCGGAUGAUAAUAUCUGGAAUACUCAAAAUGGUAGGCACCCCCUGAACACAUUUUGGCCUUACCGAUUCCUGGUCUACCCAAGCGAUUCGUCUAGCGGGCCAUGCAAGACCGCCUCGAAAGAAACGCCACAAAUGAAUGAGACAGAGGCGAAGUUCUCGGCUGAGGGUCUGCAAGGGUCUUGGAUACCGUAUGGAAGUGGACACCACGCAUGUCCUGGUAGGCUGUUGGCUAAGCGCAUUAUGCUGAAGUCCGUCGCUACCCUGGCCAUGUCUUACGAUAUUGAAAUUCUCUCGUACGAGCAGCCCCCAAAGUUCGACUCACCGCGAUUUGGUUUCGGGGUCAUGAAACCGGCCAAGGUGACGCCGUUUCGUAUCCGAAAGCGGUCCGUUCCUUCGACGAACUCGUUUAGGUAG